GCGCCAGGAUCCAGAGGGUCACCUGGAUCGUCGCUAUGAAAUGCUUGCCGCCUCCAUCCCUUCAUCAUUUCCAAAUCUUGCAAUUGCAAGGGCUUUCACUCAGCCUCUCAUCUCAUCAACGCCAGCCCUUCUUGUGCAGGAGUGGCUCAUCAAGCUGCCAAACAUACCUCUUCUCACACGUCUCUGCGAGCGACACUUUUCCUUCGCGCUUGCACAUCUCAUGCUUGAAAAGUUCAAGCGAUGCAUCUGGGCAGGCGUUGGUAUGAGAGUGCUCAUGUUCGAAGCUAUCCAGAAUGAGUCUUCUGGUCAAGUGGUGCCUUCGCCAUGUAACAUCUACAUUUGGAAGUCUCUUCCAGAUCGACAUGCAAGAGGCUGGCAAUGGCCCUGGCUUUCCGACGACAAAGCUGAUGCUGAAGCCAAUCACCUUUAAUGAUGUCGUAUCGGCUUCCCUCACAUCAUCAAUGAAUAUCGGCGAUCACAUUGUCACUACCCCACAGUAUGAAGCAAAAGGAAUCCAGUGCGAGCUGGUCAAGAAACCGCACUUGUUACAUGUUCCCACUGCCGUCCUUGCGCGUGCUCGACCUCAGUAUGCCAAUGCCUUUCUCCUGACUGGUUCCUCAUUGUAUCCACCAGCUUCAAGGCUAUCUGCUGUCAGUGCCGAGGCCCGACUCAUGCGGCAGACUGCUCCAACGUUGGCCACCAUGCGCGCUCACCGUCGGGAGAGAUAUCAUCGAUAUGCCAUGAGUCACAAGUCGGAGUCUUUUAUCGACCUUACAUGUGAUGCAGACCUGCGUGUCAUUCACCUUACAGACAAUACUACCCCUGCGGCGUCCUCGAGCAUCAACGUCAUUGACCUUACUGGUGAUUCUACACCUGGGGCCUCUGGUUCCAAUAUCAUUGACCUUACCCAUGAUGAUGUGUCUGAAGCCUCCAUGGACAUAACGAAUGAGAUCAUCGAUCUCACUGGAGAUGUAGUGUAGUAUUACGGUUGGCUUCGAAGGUUUAUGAUAGGUUUGAAAGCUCUUGAAUAGCUCUGUUGUAAAGUAGCCUGUGUAUUUGUAUAUGUAGUUAUUGCGAAGUUCUGUAUAAUGUUGUACUGUAGCCUUUGCGAUGAAAGCUUCAAUAAUGCGUGUCGAUAGUU